AUAUUUUGUCCUAGUUUCCCUGUGGAAGGCGGGGCGGUUGGCAUGGUGAUAACGAGUAAUGACGCCAGUCUAGCUCGCUCUGGCAGUUUCAAGCAAGUGACAACAACUGAAAGUCGCGUAAAUUGGACUGAAAGAAAACACACACAGCUUGCUGAAAGCAUAUGUCGCUAGAUAUCAAGCGAAAUAUUACUUUGACUAACGUAAAUGUUAAUUUGACUAACGUUAGACUGUAACAACAGUAGCUAUAGUAUAGUUACAGUCAACAUCUGUGAAUUUUAGCUUGAUAUCUAGCUUGCUGACGUUACCUGCCUACUGUACUGUACGUACUUACUAGCUAGCUAAGCUACAUCACCUUGAGGAUGAAAAAGAGGGUUGAGAAAGUCGUGAAAGAGAAGGCAGCUGGUAACUUUGAGGAUGAGUUUUCAAAAACUGCUGGACUAAAUAUACAGGAGAAGUGUCCAGUUCAGAGGAUAGAUGAUUAUCAGUGCUCUGGCAGUCUGGAGAUGGACUUCCCUGAGCUGUGUUCUCUUCUGGGCAUGAAGGAGAUCCCUGCUGUAACCCCACGACCUCCAGCCUCUGUCACUCCUACCACAGAGAAAGGCAACAUGGAGGAGAGCCAGUCCCAGAUGGGUGCUGGUAUAGCGACUACAACGUGGUGCCCUAAACCACGCCUCCAAGUGGAGCUGGAGAGCGAGGACCCUCGCAGUAUUAAGGAGGUCAGGGUGUGUGGGUGGAAGGUGGAUGAGCUGAUGGCUCGAGUGCUUAACAAGACACUUCCAGCCCUAAGCAACCUACAGAAUCUGCAUCUGUGGCGUGCUGGUCUGACGGGGCGAACUCUGACCUCCCUGAAGAAUACAAUAUCUCUCUGCUCAAACCUAAGGACUGUGGUUUUGGAGGGAAAUCCACUACCAGAGCAGAGUUAUCACCUCCUUAUAUCUGAAGACAGUAUGCUUACUCAUGUAUCACUGCGUAAUAACCGGAUUGGCGAGGAGGGAGCUCGCCUGAUUGGCUCAGCCCUCGCUACAGCCCACGCUGCCAACAAUAAUCUUCUGUCACUCAAUCUGGCCUUCAAUUCCAUUGGUGAUGCGGGCGCUGCUUAUAUAGCACAGGGUUUGCGUCUGAAUCGCUCUUUGCUGUGUCUCUCUCUGGCCAAUAAUCAUAUUGGAGACACAGGAGCCUCUCGUCUGGCAGAGGUGCUGGGUCCCUUUUCUCUGACCCAUGAUGAGGUUGUUGAGAGGAGGAGGCUGCUGCUCAGAAGAGACCAGUCGCCCUCUCAUGCUGACUCUAAGUGUGAACGACCUCUCUCCAUCCCCAGCAGCUCCUCACUGGAGCGCAACGUCAGCAAAGGAGCCAAGGUUGCCUCCAAGAAAAAGGACACAGCCAAAAAGGAUGAGAAGCCAGCAGCAAACCAGACAGGAGGGGUAGCAGGAAAGAAAGAGGAACCAAAGUUGGCCAGAAAAGCCUCUGACACCAAGUUGCCCCGGGGUAAAGGGGGAAAGUCAGGGGGUAAAGAGAAGCGCCCAUCUGUGUUGGAUCAAGAGGAGAAGGCCAAUGCUACACAGAAUAAGUCAGCAGAGUUGGUUGAGACAGUGAGCCCCCUGCUGGAGCCGGGAGUGCAACACACUGGAGGCCGAGUAAUUCUGCCUGGGAACACAGCCCUCACCUCCCUCAACCUAUCAGGCAACAUGCUUUCAGAGCAGUCGCUGCUCCUCUUCCUAUCCUCAGUGGGGGCGCAGACUGAAGGGGGAGGUCUGCUUCGUCUCUGUCUCAAUAGAAACCGUUUCCCUCCAGACUGUGAUUCCUUCCUCAAGAUAAAAGAACUGAUGUCACUCAGGGAUCCUCUCAACAAAACGGCCUCUGCUCAAGUAGAUGACGAACAGGGGCAGGCAGCAUAAACUAUAGAUAGCAGAGUAAAAAUCUUAAUUCCCUACCCAAUUUGUUAUCGUGGGUACCCAAACCAAUUUGUGCUAUCAUUCCACACCUUGCCACCCCUUGUUUGGCUUAUGACACGAACUGGCAUGAUAGCAGGUCUGGUACCCAGGCUACCAAUUUGUAUCUCAAUUUGAAUUACAAAUUAAAGUUUUUCCUGCUAUUUCCCCAUUGUUUAUAUUUCCACGUGUCACUUGUCUACUCUAGUGCAAUCAAUAAACAAAAACACUGACAUGAAAUACUACACACUUCUACACCUGUUCACUUCAUAAGAGGUGAAAUCUCUAACUCUGAAAAUAAACAUGUGUAGGAGCCAGGAUGCAGUCAGGGGUCCUUGUGUGCACGUCAGAUGCAUUGUAGUUUAUGAGUUCCAUUCAAAUGUCUUUGUAUAUCAGCAAGCUCCUGAUUUAGUUAAAACAUUUACGAUACCAAGCCAAACAAAGCACAAAAAUAGCGUUUUACAUACUUUUUAGUUGUCACUUAAAGUGCCAGCACGCACCAGGAUGAAAAAGCGAGUCUCUACUGGUGAAUGCAUUUCAAGAAAAAUUUGUGAAGGCUCAUUGGACAACAUUUAUUUCAUGCCUCUGUUAGCUGCUAGUUAAACUUAAAAUGAGCUGCAAUGGAUGGAAUGGGGACAUCCUUUGUACUCCUGCCAGUCUUUUACACUCUCAGCACCUGAUGUGUCAACGUUCAGCUCCAUCCAGCGUGACACCCAGGCAAACAAUGUAAACACGUGAAUUGUUGCAUCAUUAAAUUGGGGUUAUGACAGUAUUGUGUUACCGUGACGUUACGUUUUUUUAAAACUGUAUAAAAAGGGGUUGAAUCGACUUUAAGGUCAUUCAAACCCAUUAUCUCCCUUUUGAUAACAGUACUACUCCAAUUGGCUAGUCAGAGUUUAUACAAAAGUUGGUAGUUGAUUAUUUGGCCAGCAUAUUGUCUGAAACCAGAGGAAGAUGAUCCACCUCUUCCACCUCUACCCAAGUCUGCUUGGGGGGAGAAUGUUGAGUGGAGACUGGCAUUUUGCUAUUUUCCCCAUGUGCAAAGAGGUUGCCUUUAACGUGCUUGCUUCGUGUGCGCGAGCGUUGCAAAAUAAAUGUACACAUGUUAUUCAAUCAUUGCACCCACACUGCUCGCACGUAUCAACGAGCGUCUGCGUAGCCAGUGUGGGGUUUUGCAAAGCUUAGCGUGCUAAAAUAACUAUAAACUAGAAGGAUUUUGCAUUAAUUAAAGUUUAAGCUACUGACUCAUGUAGGCCUGACAUUUGUCUUUGUUCUCAGGAGUAACAGUUCUCAUAGCCUAACCAUGAGGCCACAGCCUGAAAUAUGUGUGUGUAUGCAACAAUGUACAAGGCCUAAGAUAUGAACAAUAAUGUGUGUGUGUGUGUGUGUGUGUGUGUGUGGCAAGAAGGGCUCUGUUCUGUGUGCCCGAAACUGUGCUAAUCUUAGAGAGGCACAGGAGGGGUGUAGAGGGAGGGGGGUGAAUCAGGAGACUGCUGACUGUGGUGUACAAUAGACAAUAACAGAUAAACUAUACACACGAAGAACAUCUGUGAGGUUCUGAGUUAUGCACUAUAACCCAAUACUAUAACACAUGUGAUUGAAUAUUAGCAACUGUUGGCCUGGGUGUCUGUGUGUGUGUGCUGGAAGUAACAGUUAGCCUCAGAUAAGUGUGCUGGGAAGCUGUAGUUAGCCUUGAGCGAGAACAGUGGGCUUUGUAUACAGGUGCAAAUAGCUCAGACAAUGUUGCAGAGCUGUCUGACCUCAGUCUCUGGGGUGAGGGAGCGUAAUCUACACAGCAACAGCGACGGGACACCAGAGAGCGCUAAGGGGCUGGGACUAGCUUAAGCGCCAACACCAACGAUAGGCUGGGUGAGUCUAAACCACGCCCAGUCUCUACUCUGACAGGCCGGCUCGGAAGCGGGAAUUAUCUCUGUCAUGAGUAUAUUAUAAUAUCUUUGUCAGGAACAAAUCAGUUCUCUGUCUUAUCCUGCAUGAUGACACUGAACCCGUAUAUACGGACAUUUAUUUACUUUUGAAUUAAACAAUUAUUUUAACCAA